AAAAUACAGACUCGAAAAACAGUUUACCAGGUGAGAGCGCAGGUUGAACACGUCUCGCACUAGUCACUGUAUCGGUUCCGUGUGGAUUUUGGCUGUCUGCAACGCGAGUAACUGCGAUCUCUGAGGAUUAGGAACAAUGAAACAAACCGAUCGGGGCACACAGACAAAUGCAGCUUCUGCAGAGACAUCGAGCGUGCGGCUCUUGAGAAUACCACGUGCUGCCCCCAGCAUUGAGAACUACGGGUUCCAUCUGACCCGCAGCAAGUGGGAUCCCUACCCAUGGGUCUGCGAGGUGGCCAAUGGCACACCUGCAGCGCUAUGUGGUCUUCAGACGGGUGACUGUGUUCUUGAGGUCAAUGGAGUAGAUGUGCUGGGAAUGCGAGUCGCAGAUGUCGCCACAAUAGUUAGAAGCCAAAAGGACUGCGUCACAAUCCUCUGCUGGAACAGUGGUUGUGAAAAGGACUGUGAUAAGAAUAGCAUAUGCUGUGCACCCAUGCCGACCAGCCUAAGACGGCUCUCCACAGCCCUGGAGAGUAUACUGCGCCUGGUCGAGUGUCCCAUCUGCAAUCUGACCAUAACUCCGCCAGCCAUGCAAUGCCAGAACGGACAUGUGCUCUGCGUUGAUUGCCGUAUUCGGGCCGAGCGCUGUCCCGUCUGUCGUGACUUUUACACGCCGCGUCGGGCCUUGUUGGCCGAACAGAUUUACUUGACCAUUGCGAAUGCCUUUGAGAUGUGUCGCUCCGAAGAUAAAUUGCGACAAAAGCUCUUCGCGGGCAUCACCAAAGUCGCAGCCGUACCGCAACCGGCCAAAACACUUGCUGACCAAAGCAUUUGGCGGAAGCGAAGGCCGAUGCUGGCAACGAAUAAAUUUCUAACCAAGCUGCUGGACGGGCGCAGCGACCCGCUGGAGAAACUCGUCGAGUCCAAUGCUGCCACACUGCUGCGCACAAAUUCCACAGACAACUUCAAUGCCUCCAAUGAAACGAUACAAUCAGCAAAGCCGACAGAGACACCCAGUGCCACAAUGGCGAGGACGACAACAAUGCAUCCUUCACAUGAUGAAAUUUCGGGGCAUCUUUCACUCUCAACAAAUGAUUUACGGCAUGCAACAGUUAAGCUGAAAGGGCAGCCCAAUGGAGAGAGUAAUGUCCCAGCCGAAGACCAUGGGGAGCAGGAGUCGGGCAGUAGCCACAGAUCCAUCUCCGUCUCCAUCUGCUCCUUGCCAACUCGUCCGCAGUCCGACAGUCUGCUGUUCAUAGGAAAGAGUCGGCCCUUGGCCCUCCGAAACGAGUACAUGCCAGCCAAUGUCAAUGAAUCUUCGAGCACGCUCCAGCUGGCAGCACCACCUUCUGUCACUCUGAGUAAAUGUGGCACGGACCUACCAUCGGAGGUUGUCCAAACAAAGCCUGCCUCUCUGCUCUACUGCUGCCCGGGCGAGUGCGAGUGCGAGUGCGCGUGCACCUUGCGUUUUGAUGAUGAACUGAAGCUGGAGCUGGAGCUGGAACAGGACAAGGAUCAGCAGCAGCAAAAGCAAAAGCAUCAGCGAGAGAACUGCUGCUACAAAUCCGCUUUUCGUCUGCUUUGAACAUUCAGUUGCCGCCAGGCAACUUAAUCAACGGACAUGCACUUAUCAGUGGGACAUUUUCAUUUGGCAUUUCCUUUUUUGUUUGUUUGUUUUUUUGUUCUUGUGUUCUAAUUAAAUUAAACGCCAGCUGCUUUGC